CCUGAUCCUGAAGUUCUUAUGGACCCAUCAAUCAUAAACAUGAUUUCUUACCUCAAAUCUAUGUCCUUGAUUCCCAAGUGUUUAUGCACAUGUUCAAUACUGGCUGGUCUUAGUUGAAUUAAGAAAAUUAGUAACCUUGCUCUGAACGGACAUAAUUUUGUAUAGGACUUGCUCUUAGUGGCUUCAUCAAUGAAUAUUUUUUGACACAAUGAAGCAGGCACCAUUACAGACUUACAUCAAGUCAACCAGGUAAUCCAGGUUAUACUAACGUAGUAUAUGGGGAGCCAACAUGAUAAAGAUCCGUGGCCGAUAAACACCGAUACCGGGAACAGCACUCUAGUCCAGUGGGUGAAACCCUCCUUGAUUAGAGUUACUGGACUAAGGUGACGCGGAACUAGUACUGACUUGUUAGGGCCUACCCAAGUAACCAAUCAGCUCUCAGGGGAGAAUAGCGUCAUGGGAUAUGAUAAUUAGCUCCGGACCAGCGCGGAUUUGGUCCAAUCCACGAUCGGUAAACGAGGGAUAUUUCUGUUUAUCCGGGCUUUUAGUGGGACUGAAAUAUCACUUGGAAGCGUCCGAUUGAAGUAUUUUCUUCUAUGGACUCGUUUUCCCGGUGGUUCUGACCAAAAAAUUGCGAAAAUCGUGACGAGAAUUCAGGGUAAGCUGUACCCAACAGGCACUACUACCAAUCCAAGAUGGCGGAACCCACGAGCGAAGAAGAUGGUGUUCCACUGAACAAUGUAAAUAGUGCUCAGAUGGAUGAAAUUCAAGAAGGCAGUGUUUCAGCGGAACCCUCUGACAGUGAGUCUGUCGUGUCUAAAACGUUUGAUAAAAUGUCCAACUCGCUGGUUACUGUUUCAUCAAGUAAUGGCAGUCAAACGACUUCGGGUUCCGCCGGCCCACAGGAUACUCUGACCGAGGAUGUUAUGACAGGGUACGUAGAAACGCCCACCCCAGUAUCGUCCGACCUGAACACAUCUGCUGUGAGUACUAUAUUGUCAGACGAAAUGGCUGCAGGGGAAGGGAACGGGGUGAUGUACGUCCAGGGCACUGGAAUGGUCGAAGAAACGCAGCUAACUCCUGAAGAGGCUAGGCUCCUGGAAGAACAGGCUCAGCAGCUAACGGAGGAACAGCAAGCCGAGCUCCUGCAGCAGCAACAAAACGACUUGCUGCAGCAGCAGAUCUUUGAACAGCAGACUAUUGUUCACCAGCAGAAUCACAUCAUUAGUGAGGAAGGUGUGACACAUGCACUUAUCCAAUCACAAGAGCCACAAACGCUGGAAGGACAGAUAGUUGACCAACAGACCAUAGCUCUGGAUGAGCAGACACAGGCAUUACUACAGGAACAAAUCAACCAGCAGCUGGCAGAACAGCAAGGUUCGGUGGUGAUUGAAGAUCAGAUGCAGGUGCUGUCUGCCAGUGGACAGUCUGCAGUCACAGCACCUGCACAGGAGAUUCAGGCAGGUAUCCAGCCACAGGUAGUACAGACCACAGUAGGCACAGGUGUUCAGGUGGCAACAACAUCACCGUCACUGGGCCAGGCAUCACAAGUAAUACAGCAGGUGGCACAGGCUGUAACACAGCAGUCUACUAACCAACAGUCACAGGCCAGACAGACUAUAACAGUUGGUAACACCACGUACGUUCUCCAGCAACCCACCCAAAAACCCGCAGGUGGACACACGGUGUAUGUUCUCCAGAAGCCUGGACAGUCUAAUGUGCAGCCACAGGUGCAAACGGUGACAGCACCAACAUCACAACCAAAUGUACAUGUGUUACCACAGACCAGUACUGGUAGUGGCAACACUGGUAAACAAACUGUGUAUCUUAUUCACAGAACAGGGCAAAACACACAGCCAAUACAAAUCCUACAUAAACCAGGACAACAAAUUCAAUACAUCAUUGCUCCACAAGGUCAGACAGUUCAUAUCACCCAGCCAACAGGGGCUACACAGGUGCUACAACAACAGGCACAGCUAGUGCGCCAACAACAGCAAGUGCUUGUGAUUCCUCAGAACCAGCCCAAAAAGAGGGGCCGUAAACCAAAGGCUGCUCUGGCUGAGAAACAGAAUGGAGAAGUUGAUGAUUCUGAGGAUAAAGAAAAGAGACCUCACAAACAAAUGACUAGAUCAGGACGAGUCUCCAGACCACCUUCAUACAGAGUCAGAGACUACAAAGUUAUCAAGACAGAGGAUUUGGCAGACAGCCAAGACUCCUCUGAAGGGGAGUACUCAGACUACAGCCCUGAUUCAGAUGAUGAUGCUGCAAAGCUGUCCAAAGACGACAAACCAUAUGUUCCACUGAUGUCAGAAAAGCCCAGAAGCUGGAAGUGUGAGACCUGUGAGAAGGCAUACAUUGGUAGAGCAGGACUGGGGAGGCACUAUAGACUGUACCCAGAACAUGGCCACUUGGAACCAGAUGAAGGCGAAGAGAGAACACCUGGUACUCCUGCAGAAAAAGACAGGCAUUCCAGAGACAAUGCUGAGGUUGGAGCUACACCUACAGGAUCUGUCACCAGCUUUUCUGCUACAGUGGAAACAAGUGGACCCCCACCCCAGUCAACCAGCACCACAUCCAUCACCCGGCCAACAGGCAGUGAGACUCCUGUCAAGAGAGGACCAGGCAGACCCCCCACCCAGCAUGGCGAGGCCAGAAGAAAGGCCAAGUUCAGAGAGCUGUUAAAGCAGAUGAAUGAUGAGGAGCUGAUGGAGCUGGCUCUGCCCCGUCUCACCAAGGCCAUCACACUCUGGGAGUUUCUGCUCAUGAAGGUGGAGCGUGGACGACCCUCCAGAGCCCAUUUUCCUGAUGUGUACCAGGAGUAUGAGGUUCUCCACAAACAUGUACAGAAGAUGGCUGAGGAGUACAUGGUACAACAGCCUCCCGUCACACCAAACCAGCCCAGCCUGGUCAUACAGAGUGAAACUGUAGCAAAGUCUGUCGGUAUCACACCAGAACUUCUACAGAAGGGGAAGGAAGCAGCACAAGUGCAAGCCUCUGACUCCUUCAAGUACAAGUUCCUGGUCACAGAUCCGUCAGAUGCCACCCGCAGCACCAAUGAGAGACGAGUUGUGGAAGUGGUCUCUCCAGGAGAGCUUGUACAACCUCCUUCAAAACGACAAAGAACUGAGGAAACCCUUUUGUCUGAGACCUCCAGUAGAGCUGAGGUGGAAACAGUGCCGGACUCUGAGCAGACAAUGCAAACAAGCCAAACAACCGACACAUUGCAGAACAACUUGAUAACAUCAAGACAUGGAGGAUUUGGUACGGUAUCAAGCACAAGCAGCUUAGCACACAGUAAUAAUGUGGCAACUAGCUCUCAAGAUGUUGGGCAGGAUUCAACAGAACUGGCCACAGUUUUUCCAGCUGAGUCCAACAUGGCUUCUGUAGAAGCUGAACCAACACAGCUUGUCGACGCUGGAGAAGAAUUUGUUCCUUCUAGUACGGACCAAACCGAGCCAACAGUGAUGGAGGACAGUGAACAAAUACCAUCAUCAACAGACACCCAGCCAGAUGGGAACACCAUGGGCAGUCCUGAGGUGGAAGAGGGCGUGACCCUGAUGUCACAUCCAGGUGCCACAGUAACACAGAUUGCAGAUGGACAGUUCCUAGUGACCAAUCCAGAUGGUUCAGGCAUGAAGAUUGAUGCUCCAGGGUUCACAAUAGAGGCCAUCCAGACUUUACUGGCACAGCAACAGAUCACUAUGCAUGAGUAGAUCAAGCAGCAAAUUUCAGCAAAUAAAUACACUGGCAUCUAUAAAAGUCAGCUUUCAUGUGUUCAGGAAAUAUAACAUUCAGUGAUAUGAUCACAAAUAUGUAUAUG